AUGCACUGCAGCUGCUUGGCCGAGGGCAUCCCUGCCAUUGCCAGCAACUCCUGGAUCUCAGGCCUGGCCUUCCCUGACUGGGCCUACAAAGCCGAGUCGUCCCCGGGCUCCCGGCAGAUCCAGCUGUGGCACUUCAUCCUGGAGCUGCUGCAGAAGGAGGAGUUCCGCCAUGUCAUCGCCUGGCAGCAGGGAGAGUACGGGGAAUUUGUCAUCAAGGAUCCAGAUGAGGUAGCCCGCCUCUGGGGCCGCAGGAAGUGCAAACCACAGAUGAAUUACGACAAGCUGAGCCGGGCCCUCAGAUAUUACUACAAUAAGAGGAUCCUGCACAAGACCAAAGGCAAACGAUUCACAUACAAGUUCAACUUCAGCAAGCUCAUCGUAGUCAACUACCCUCUGUGGGAGGUGCGAGGACCGCCAUCCCCCAACUUGCUGCUGGGGGCGCCUGCUCUGUUUCGACCAGCUCUGGUGCCCAUGGGUGUGCACAGUGAGCUCCUGCACAGCAUGCUGUUCACCCAUCGCGCCAUGGCGGAGCAGCUGGCUGGACAGCAGACCCCUCAAGGGCCACCAGAGGCCUCUGGGGACAAGAAGGGGAACAGCAGCAGUAUACACCGACCUGGCUCUGCUCCAGCCCCUUGCCGGCUUGGCCCUUGCUGCCAUUUGGGGAGCCCCCAAAACGAGCUGCCCAGUUUUGCCUCCUUCACCCCUUCCCUGCCACCUCCUAUCCCAUCUGACUGGCCCCGACUCUCAGGACCCUUCCUGCCCCCUCUCCCCCCGGAACCACACUUCCCUGGGUCCCCCACGCCAGACACCUUGAUCCCAGGACCCCUGUGCCCCUCAGUGGCCGGACAUUUUCCGGGGCUUCCUCUGUUGGCCGGGCUGGCACAGGGGGCUGGGGAGAGGCUCCGGCUCUUGUCCCUGAGGCCUGAGCGGCUGGAGGUCAAGCCCGAUCCCACACUGGGGGCAAAAGGGAACCUGGAGCCCAGGGAGGGCUUCUCCUCAGAGAGGCAGGGCCCCAAAGCUAGAGAGGAAAGCCCUGUGUCCCCCAGUCUGGAGAAUUUCAAAGCAGUGUGGCCCUUGGAUCCUCCUUAACUGGGGAGGAAGAUGUCAAGCAGGGGUCCCGGAACUCCACCUCUCCUCUUGUCUACCUCCCUUUUGGCUUUGCAACUUCCCCUGGCUGGAAACAGCUUUAAACUGCAGGAGGACUUGAAGGGGUGGAGUUGGACCCAAGGGGUGAGGGGCAUUGCAGGCAAGGAGCAUUUGUGGGGAUGGGGAGAACUGAGCCAGGGUGCCCUUGCCCAUCAAACUGCCAAUCAGAUUAAGGAGACACUCGUCUCAACUUUUUUUUGAAGGGGAUGAGAAUGAGGUUUCGAUCAUCUGAAGGACCCCAUGCCUGCCCACAUAAGGGGGCAAAUUGAGUCUAAGCUGGGGAGGGGUCAAGAGUUGUUUUGUUCCCUGAGUCUCAGGGCAACUCCUUUCUUCUCUGGGCCCCAAGUCUCUCAUCCAGGCUAAGAUCUCCCAACUCUCUCCUGCCCUUCCAUGUACCUCUCUCCGGCCCCUCUGAUUUCUGUGACGCUGGGAGCUCCUGUCCCCUCCUUUCCCCAAGAACCAAGGCAAAUGGGGUCAGGAGGGACUGGCCUCCUCAGCUCUGUAACACCCCACUGCAAUGCCCUUGGCAAACUGCCCUCUUGGCUGACCAUGCCCUGCUGCAUUCCUGCUGCCCUCUGAUCUGAUGUGGAGCUAAAAGCCACCCAGGAUUCCUGAUGGGAAAGAGUUGGGGGUGGGGGUUGGGGAGGAGACGGCUCUGACACCUGGAGCAGCAGUGGGAAUCAAGCCAGCCAGUCUCCUCCCUUCUGCUGCCGUGUCUCCCAGAGAGAAAGGCUGAAACCCUAGCUGGAGUUGCCGCGUUGCCACCUGGGGCCAGGGGGAAACUAGCCUCGAGGAAAAAACAGAGCAGGGGUCUUUACAGAAUGACCCUCCGAUCCCUGCCCAGGACCUCUGAGCAGAGCUCUUCUUUUUUUUUUUUUUUUUUUUUAACUUUUUUUUAUUGAGUUAUAGUCAUUUUGCAAUGUUGUGUCAAAUGAGCAGAGUUCUUAAGGGGCUGGGGAUGCAGGGGGGCAUUGGACCCCUAUGUGCCCUCUACCCAACCCCUCUUCCCUUCAGUGGUUCAUGAUUGCUGUGACCCCGACUUUUCAGGCAAUGAAAAAUGCUUUGUGGUCAUUUUUCCAAAAUAUCUUUUUGGGAGUUGGUGAACCCAGGAGAAUAAAAGCUCCACU